AUGGAUGUGCAACGCCCACCACGGCCUUCUCUGGAUGUGAGUGCAACUCCUGCGACACGCUCUCUGAAUGUGAGUGCAACUCCCACGACACGCUCUCUGGAUGUGAGUGCAACUCCCACGACACGCUCUCUGGAUGUGAGUGCAACUCCCACGAGACGCUCUCUGGAUGUGAGUGCAACUCCCACGAGACGCUCUCUGGAUGUGAGUGCAACUCCCACGACACGCUCUCUGAAUGUGAGUGCAACUCCCGGCGAGAGAGGUGGGAUGACGCACGGCCGGCAGGCAGUGGCAUGUGGGUGCCUCCUACCCGCCCUGCUGACUACCCGCUUGCUGGCGGCACGCGAGGCGAGGCGGAUGGAGCAAGGAUGGAGCGAGCGAAGCUCGUUGUUCCCAUUCGUGUUCUCCCACCUGCACCCUUGGGGUGAGGUGGAGGUGCGAGAAGGAGAGGCGGAUAAGCUGAAGGAGGGGGUACUUGGAGGGAGAGGCUGUCAAGGGAGUAUGGAUGGGUCCGAGGGAGUGCAGUGUGGUGCCAUCAGCAGCGCCUGCCUCGAGAAGGGAGUAUGGGUGGGUCUGAGGGAGUGCAGUCCGGUGCCAUCAGCAGCGCCUGCCUUGAGAAGGGAGUAUGGGUGGGUCCGAGGGAGUGCAGUGCGGUGCCAUCAGCAGCGCCUGCCUUGA